CAAAGAUCUAAAGUGGCUUGAUGGAGUAGAAAAAUAAUAAAAGUGCCCCCUCCCCGCAAAACACUUUGAAUCCUUCUCUUUUUUCCACACACUCCACCAAAAGGUACCCAUGAAUCUCAGCCAAUUGUUUACUUGAUUGCAGCCAAAUCAGCCGGAUCAGCUUCACCAGCACUCUCCAGGAUCAGGAUCAAACAAACCUGGGCGUGUUUGUCCAGAUUGAUCAUCGCGGGAUUCGAUUGCCAGGAACACGCAUUCCGUCUAGUCGGAGGAGACAGCCAUCAUCCCGAUCAUCGCGAUUCUCAUCAUCCCUGCUAUCUCCAGAACUCGCUCGACUAAUUGGAUUAUUUUUUUACUAACUUCUAAUUUCGUGUUGACUCAACCGGACCCUUUCUCUUCUAGUACACAUAUAUUCAAAAUGGGUCGCAUGCACAGCAGUGGUAAGGGUAUCUCGAGCUCCGCUCUCCCCUACAAGCGUUCUCCUCCUUCGUGGUUGAAGACCUCGCCCGAGGAUGUCUGCGAUUCGAUCUUCAAGCUCGCCAAGAAGGGUAUGACCCCCUCCCAGAUCGGUGUUAUCCUCCGUGACUCCCAGGGUAUUGCCCAGGUCAAGAACGUCACCGGUAACAAGAUUCUCCGUAUCUUGAAGUCCAACGGUCUCGCCCCCGAGAUCCCCGAGGAUCUCUACCACUUGAUCAAGAAGGCUGUCGCCGUCCGCAAGCACUUGGAGCGCAACCGCAAGGAUUGCGAUGGCAAGUUCCGCCUCAUUUUGAUCGAGUCCCGUAUCCACCGUCUUGCCCGUUACUACAAGACUGCCGGCCAGCUUCCUCCUACCUGGAAAUACGAGUCUGCCACUGCCUCCGCCCUUGUCGCCUAAACGGUCCCCAUCGUACGAUCCUGGUCCUGGUCCUGGCCCCUGCUCCUGUCGUAGUCCGGCUGAAAACAAAAGCCGUUCGAUCAUUCAGCUCAGCCCAAUAAACGAAACUUUAAACAGGCAA